AAAUUUUAUUCUCUUUCGAUUCUUUGAUCGAAUCCUCACUAUGAUGGAUUCCGAUUCCAAUAAGAAGAGAAGGUUGGCGAACGAUCCUUCUUCUUCAAACAAGAAGCAAAGGACCAUUACAGCCUCCGUUGUUUUUAAACACUUGGAGGUUCCUCUCUUUUCCGCCGCCGAAAACGGCACCGUUUCACGAUGCAACUCCUUGCGCCUUCAUGCGGAUCAGCCCUACUCGAUCGGCCGCAAACCUCGCGACUGCGGAUUUGUCUUCCGCGACCCUCGCGUGAGCAAGCGCCACUGUCAGAUCCUCUUCGACGGUUCCCUCCGCAAACUCUACAUCCUCAACGGCGUUCUCUCGCUCAAGGAUUCUACCGCCACGUGUCACCUCCUUUACGAGUUCAGAAAAAGGGCUAUGACGAUGACGACGUCGUCUCGCGACAGCGACGGUGGCGUUGAGUUUCGAGAAGCUUCCAACGGGGUUUUUGUGAACGGCGUCGAAAUUGGAAAGGGAAUGGCCGUGGAGUUAUCGGUUGGAGAUAUGGUCUCGCUGGUUUGUGGGAACCAUAACGGUUCGUGUGCGAUUGGGAACAAUCGAAUUGGGUUUGUUAUUCAGAGAAUUGAUUUCGAAGGGUUUAAUAGUGAUGACUGUGUUGAAACUGAUGAAUUAACAUUCUCGGGGCACUCACAAAGUGGGAAAAGGAACAAGAGGGUUUUUGCUGUUAGGGCUAAUGUUUCAAGGUAUGAGGGGAUUAUUGGAAGGGCAAGGUUUCUUCUUGGUAAGUGUAGAGACAUAUUGCUUAGUGAUGAUACUGUGUCUUGCAUUCUGCGUGAUGUGCAAUCUGGAUUUAAGUGUGUCCCUGGUAAUGCUGAAGUGCAAUCAAGUUCAGCAAUACUUUGUGACAGUAAAGUGAUGAAUUUGGAGGGGAAGAGUCACGGUUUUCGUCGAAAAGAGGAAGUCAGAGUUAGUUGUUUGGAUGGUGUUGGCGAUGAGGUUCGUAAUGUGAUGCUAUUAGAUUCUGUAGGGAAGAAUGAUCCUCCUUCCGUUGGUGACUGCUGGCAGGAGAAACAUGGCGGCAAUGUUUAUUCGCCGCCUGGGAAGAAUUUUUACUUGAAUCGUCUGGAAUUUAUGGACCAUGUCUCCUCGGGGCUUCACCGGUCCAUAUCUCUCCCGGAACUUAUUCAUCCCGUUGAAAGCAUUUCAAGGAUGUUUAUUGCAACAUUUACGAGUGACAUAAAAUGGUUCUUGACAUAUUGCAAGAUUCCUUGUCAUCUUCCAGUUACAAUUGCAUGCCACAAUGCUGAGAGAUGUUGGAGUUCAAGACCCGAUGAAAGAGUAUUUGUGCCUUACCAGGAUUAUCCUAACCUAGUUGUAGUGUGUCCUCAAUUCCCUGAAACCAUAGCAUUUAGUAAUAACCGUAAGAGACAGGGGAUUGCUUGCCAUCAUCCAAAGUUGAUUGUUCUGCAAAGAAAAGAUAGUAUUCGAGUUGUUAUUACAUCUGCAAAUUUGGUGGAAAAGCAGUGGAACGGUGUGACUAACACUAUAUGGUGGCAAGACUUCCCUCAUUCCAUUUCUGUUGAUUUUGCAUCACUUUUCCCAAAAAAUGGCAAUGGUGAAAUUCAUAGGGACUCAAAAUGUGAUUUUUCUGCUCAGUUGGCUGGGUUUAUGGCAUCACUUGUUAUUGAUAUACCCAGCCAGGCUCACUGGAUUACUCAGCUGACAAAAUAUGACUUUGGAGGUGCAACAGGACAUCUUGUUGCUUCAGUACCUGGAAUUCACUUUUAUAGAACUUCUGUUCACUCAGAAUCUUUUUGGGCCUCUCCUGUAUGUACUCAACUUCUUGGUUCAGUUGUGGCAUCAGUGGUUGGUUUAAGCCAUGUUUUCCGCACUGUGACAGACUCAAACAGUGCAAGACUAAAAGCACUGGCUGCUUUCCUGAGGAAGUCUUGUAAGAAUGCUUAUGGGAUGUUGGAAAUUGUUUUAAAAAGAAAUCCUAAUGUGCCAGUUGACGAAAAUGCUGUUAGUGUUCUUGUUCCCAACCCUGAUCAAACUUUUGAAGGAGAUUAUGUUCAACUUGGUUUUCUGCCUAGAAAUAUAGCAAAAUGGGUUUCUCCACUUUGGGAUGCUGGAUUCUUCACAUUUUCUGGAUAUGUUUGUCCAAAAGAGGCCCUUGCAGCUGCCUUGGGAGAAAACUGCAAGAAAGUACAACUAGUACUAAAUGUGUCAGAGGGGCAUCGUUUUAAAGAUAUGUCAAAGAUGAUGCAAUCUGAACAGAUUGUUGCAUUGUGCUCACUCAUUGCUUCAAUUCAAAGGUGUUAUGGCCUUUGGAGAUUGCAAGAGGUUCUAAAUCGAUAUAGAUGGCCUGAAUCAUUAGAGUCUGAAAUUAUAUAUGGUGCAUCUUCUAUUGGUUCGUCUGUCAAUUCAAAAUUUCUUGCUGCUUUCUCAGCUGCUGUUGGGAAGAAAUCAUUGCAACAUUUUGAUUCGGAAGAGUCUGAUCCUGAAUGGGGCUGCUGGAAUGCUAGCGAAGAAAUGAAGAAUCCUUCUGUUAGGAUUAUUUUCCCCACUAUUGAAAGAGUGAUGAAUGCUUAUAAUGGGAUUUUGCCUUCAAGACGUAUUCUUUGCUUCUCAGAGAGAACAUGGCAAAGGUUGAGGACGUUAGAUAUACUACAUGAUGCCAUCCCUCAUCCCCAUGAAAGAAUAGGGCAUCCCAUGCAUGUCAAGGUGGCACGUAGAUGCUUCUGGUCUGGGAGGGAUGCACCUUCCGUUGGUUGGGUAUAUUGUGGGUCUCAUAAUUUUAGUGCAGCUGCUUGGGGGCGACAAAUUUCAAAUCCUAUCAGUACAAGAAAUGACGGACCUCGCAAAGAGGACCCUUCUGUGAAAUAUGGGCUUCACAUUUGCAAUUAUGAACUCGGGAUUAUAUUUACUUUUCCUCCUAGAGAAAAUAAUGAUUGCCCUAAAUUGAAAAGCACAAAUUUAGAUGAUAUAAUUUUGCCAUUUGUUGUGCCUGCUCCUAAAUAUGGAUCUAGAGAUAGGCCAGCUACUAUGCAGACUAUGAGGGAGGUUAUGGUUGAACUUGCUGAGAAAGGGAGGGAGAAACAUGCAGAACAAGAAAUGGAAGAGCUUGACGAGGAGGAAGAACUGGAAUCAACCAAUUAUGUUGAACAGGAGAAGGAAGAGGAGAAGGUAUAUGCUGAGAUACUCUGGAGUCAGGUUGAUUCUUCCUCGAGCAGUUGAACUUCUGCAAGAAGCAAUACUGGGGGUAUUUGAUACACAAUUGAUUCUUCACAUGGUACUAGGCUUGGAAACUAACAGAAAUAGUGGCAAUUAUUCAACUUGUGAGGAAGUAAAGGCUUAUCCCGAGAUAUUAGGAUUAAAGAGCAAAGCCCUUGGCAUGUCCAUAGAAAGUCAUUACGAACAUUCAUCCGGGAACUCCAUCUUGUCUUAAACAAGUUGAUUUAUAUUUGGAUCAGAAACUGGUAUUUUCUAUCUCUUGUGGUUCAGCUCAUUUUAGGCUUGGUAAAUUAUUGAUACCACUUCGUAGCCUAAGGUCCCAAUUCUUGUUGCUGCGACUGCCUUGUUUAUAUUCCAGCUCCACGCGGAUUUCUUAAUGAAAGAUAUUAGGAAGACUGAUUGAUGGAACCUACUGUAGCAUUUCUCAUUUUUAUGAAUUCAAUUGGAGGAUUUGAAAGUGGUAGUUACAUAUGCAACAGAUCCAUAAAAACAGACCAAUAACCCCAAGAAAGUACAAGGUAGGACCGAUUGUGAUUAGAUGGUGAAGAUUAUGUAAAUGUUAGGUGAUAUGGGUCUCAGCGUGUAACAUUCUUUUCUGCUAGUUCUUUACUUCUUGAAGCUUUGGAAAUGUGGGCUUCGACAAUAGGCUGUUGCUGUCACUUAUGGGAUUGGACUUGAGGAUCCCAAGAGAUCAAUAGAGGCAAUGCCAUUCCGUGGUGCAACUAGGGUUAGCAAAAUUGAACUUGCAAAAUCUUCGGCUGGAUACUAUGUUGGAUCAGUAAGGGUUAAGGUUGUAUGCAUUAAUAUUGAAUUUGAAGACAUCCUUUGCCAGGUAACUGCAGAAGGUUGCAACCACCUGUUUGAUUGUCACAUCAAUUGGUGUGUAUCCCUAUUUAUGAUACGGCGGAGAAUUGAGCGUUGUAUUGUUGGAGACAGUAGACUGCAUUCAUUAUGCAACAAUUCUUUCAUAGUGUUCCCAUUUUUGGGACAAAAUAAGAACCCGUCUGUUAUAUGAGCAAACAAAUGAAUGUAUGAUUUAUUUCGU